AUCCGUAGAUUUCCAUUCUUCUUUUCUGUAACAACAAUUGAAUUCACCCACUCUGAGGGCUCCGUAACUUUGGUAAUGGCUCCGAUUUUUCCAUUCGACACAGUUCGUCUUUAAACUUGUCUUUUAUAGCAAACGGUAUCUUGCGUGCUGGAUAUACAACUGGUGGAACCGAGGGGUCUACUUUGAUGUGGUAAUCUCCAUCGAGGCAACCAAGACCUUGGAAGACGUCCGUGUACUCAUCAAUUAUCUUUGCCGCCUCUGUUUUCAUUUCUUCUGCAGGUUGGUUAGUGCGUGGUUUACAUUUAGGCUCUACCGCUGUUGACUGUGGCUCGGACGGUGGUGUACUAUCUCCACACGAUGCUGUAUUAUUAUCUGGUUGAUCUGUGUCAUUGCUUGGGUGAACUGUAGAAAUUCGUUGCACCAACCCCAUUUCAAGACAUGAUGGUAAACCGAGGAUCGGAACAGCUCCUUCUUGAUCGAUCACUUGAAAUUCUGUGGGGUAAAAUUUUUCUUUGUGCGAAAUUAUCACAGUAUUCUUUCCAACUGUUAAAAUUCUAUGUCCAGAAUACGAUAUCAACUUGGUACGCGAUUUCCCCAACUUUUCUGCGGUGAGCUGUUCGUAGGUCGACAAAGGCAAGACAUUACAUUGUGCACCAGUGUCAAGUUUCAACUUCACUUGUGUUUCGUUGAUGUCAAGGGUUAUAUUCCAGUCAGUUGUGUCUCCUUUCAAUUCGGUGUUGACCGUUCCAAUAAACAAAUCAUUGUCGACUUCUGGGGUCUCUUCAAGCGUGUUUACUCGCGAUGAUCGCUGUGACAUACGACACUUUCUGGCGUAAUGAUUGCGUUUAUGACAUUUUCGACACUCUUGUCCAUAAGCAGGACACUUUCGGGGCUCGUGUUUAAUUCCACAAUUAGGGCAUUCCGAGGCCUCUACCUCUGUAGUCCGUGAGUUGGGCGGGUUUGGUCUUCGACGAUCAGGUUUGUUGUUAUUGUUACGCGAUUCACUCUUGGCAUUUAUAUUUUGCUGGGCUUGAUCACGGCUCGAUUGCGGGGUUUCCACUGCAUUCACGAAUUGAGCCGUUUGACUCUCAACAAUACUUUUAAGAUGGCUUUUACUUAGCUCGGAUGUUCGGCAUGUAUCUACGGCCUUAGUAAGCGUCAAUUCCGGGUCUCGAAGCAGCCUGGCUCUCACUUCAUCGCUGUAUAUUCCACAGACGAUGCGAUCUCGAAUAAGCGAGUCACGAAGUUCGCCAAACUCGCAUGUUUUGGCAAGUUUCCGUAGAUCAGUAACGUAACUUUCCACAUUUUCGUCGCUUCGUUGAUUCCUUGUGUUAAAUACAUGACGUUCAAAAGUUAUGUUCUUUUUCGGGAUACAAUACGCUUGAAACUUGGAUAUUAAAGGCUCUAUUUUAUCUGUUUCCCCACUAGCGAAAGUGAAUGUAUUGUAGAUUUCAACAGCGUCUUCGCCAGCGACUGUCAACAAGGUUGAACACUGAACUUUUUCCGGUUUUCUAUCGCGACCAGUAGCAUUCAAAUACAGACGAAAUUGUUGUAUCCAGCGACGCCAAUUCUCAGAGACGUUGCCUUCGAACGAAAGCGAAUUUGGGGGUCGUAAAGUAUCCAUUUUCCUGACACCAUGUAAAGUUUAAUACUAUUCAUACGCCAUAAGCACAACAACAACUUUUUAGUUACGCCCACUUGCUAUUUAUACAUAUGAUGAAGUUAAUAUAAACUAUUGCGAAUAGCUAAUUAGAUGCUCAAUCAUCACACUUAUGACGUCGAAUAUCGACGUCAUAAAAACCAAAGUUGAUCGCGUUUAUGUCCUCGAAUAUCGACGUCAUAAACACCAAAGUUUAUCGUGUUUAUGACGUCGAAUAUCUACGUCAGAAACACCACAGUUGAUCGUGUUUAUGACGUCGAAUAUCGACGUUAUAAACACCAAAGUUGAUCGUGUUUAUGACGUCGAAUAUCGACGUAAUAUACACCAAAGUAGAUCGUGUUUAUGACGUCGAAUAUCGACAUUAUAUACACCAAAUUUGAUCGUGAUUAUGACGUCGUAUAUCGACGUCAUGAACAUCAAAGUUGAUCGUGUUUAUGACGUCGAAUAUCGACGUCAUAUACACCAAAGUUGAUCGUGUUUAUGACGUCGAAUAUCGACGUCAAAAACACCAAAGUUGAUCGUGUUUAUCACUUCGAAUAUCGACGUCAUAAACACCAAAGUUGAUCGUGUUUAUCACUUCGACUAUCGCAGUAAUAAACACCAAAUUUGAUCGUGUUUAUGAAGUCGAAUAUCGACGUCAUAAACACCAAAGUUGAUCGUGUUUAUGACGUCGAAUAUCGACGUCAAAUACACCAAAGUUGAUCGUGUUUGUCACUUCGAAUAUCGACGUUAUAAACACCAAUGUUGAUCGUGUUUAUGACGUCGCAUAUCGACGUUAUAUACACCAAAGUUGACCCUGUUUAUGACGUCGUAUAUCGACGUAAUAAACAACAAAGUUUUUCGUGUUUAUGACGUCGAAUAUCGACGUCAUAAACAUCAAAGUUUAUCGUGGUUAUGACAUCGAAUAUCGACGUCAUCAACACCAAAGUUGAUCGUGUUUAUGACGUCGAAUAUCGACGUUAUAAACACCAAAUUUUAUCGUGUUUAUGACGUCGGAUAUCGACGUUAUAUACACCAAAGUUGAUCGUGUUUAUGACGUCGUAUAUCGACGUCAUAAACAUCAAAGUUGAUCGUGUUUAUGACGUCGAAUAUGGACGUCAUCAACAUCAAAGAUAAUCGUGUUUACAACGUCGAAUAUCGACGUCAAAAAGACCAAAGUUGAUCGUGUUUAUGAUGUCGAAUAUCGACGUAAAAAACACCAAAGUUGAUCGUGUUUAUCACUUCGAAUAUCGACGUCAUAAACACCAAAGUUGAUCGUGUUUAUCACUUCGAAUAUCGCAGUCAUAAACACCAAACUUGAUCGCGAUUAUGACGUCGAAUAUCGACGUCAAAAACAGCAAAGUUGAUCGUGUUUAUCACUUCGAAUAUCGACGUCAUAAACACCAAAGUUGAUCGUGUUUAUCACUUCGAGUAUCGCCGUAAUAAACACCAAAGUUGAUCGUGUUUAUGAAGUCGAAUAUCGACGUCAUAAACACCAAAGAUGAUCGUGUUUAUGACGUCGAAUAUCGACGUCUAAUACACCAAAGUUGAUCGUGUUUGUCACUUCGAAUAUCGACGUUAUAAACAUCAAUGUUGAUCGUGUUUAUGACGUCGCAUAUCGACGUUAUAUACACCAAAGUUGAUCCUAUUUAUGACGUCGUAUAUCGACGUAAUAAACAACAAAGUUUUUCGUGUUUAUGACGUCGAAUAUGGACGUCAUCAACAUCAAAGAUUAUCGUGUUUACGACGUCGAAUAUCGACGUCAAAAACACCAAAGUUGAUCGUGUUCAUGACGCCGUAUAUCGAAGUCAUAAACACCAAAGAUGAUCGUGUUUAUCACUUCGAAUAUCGCCGUCAUAAACACCAAAGUUGAUGUUGCUUAUUGUAAUGUUUAAUACUAUUCAUACGCCAUAAGCACAACAACAACUUUUUAAUUACGCCCACUUGCUAUUUAUACAUAUGAUGAAGUUAAUAUAAACUAUUGCGAAUAGCUAAUUAGAUGCUCAAUCAUCACAUCUCCCUCACACUGAGAAGGUACCUCACACUGAGGACAAGAUACCUCACACUGAGGACAAGGUACAUACACUGGGGACAAGGUUCCUCACGCUGAGGACAAGGUUCCUGACGCUGACGACAAGGUUCCUCGCGCUGAGCCAAGGUUCCUCACGCUGAGGACAAGGUUCCUCACGCUGAGGACAAGGUUCUUCUCGCUGAGGAAAAGGUACCUCACACUGAGGACAAGAUACCUCACACUGAGGACAAGGCUUCUCACUGUGAGGACAAGGUUCCUCAAGCUGAGGGCGACGUACCUCACACUGAGUACAAGGUACCUCACACUAAGGACAACGUUCCUCAUGCUGAGGACAAGGUUCCUCACGUUGAGGACAAGGUUCCUCACGCUGAGGACAAAGUACCUCACACUGAGGACAAGGUACCUCACACUGAGGACAAUGUUCCUCAAGCUGAGGACAAGGUACCUCACAUUGAGGACAAGGUACCUCACAUUGAGGACAAGGUACCUCACACUGGGGACAACGUUCCUCACGCUGAGGACAAGGUUCCUCACGCUGACGACAAGGUUCCUCGCGCUGAGCCAAGGUUCCUCACGCUGAGCACUAGGUUCCUAACACUGAGUACAAGGUUCCUCUCGGCGAAGAGAAGGUUCGUCACGCUGAGGUCAAGGUUCCUCUAGCUGAGGACAAGGUUCCUCACCCUGAGGACAAGGUUCCUCACGCUGAGAACAAGUUUCCUGACGGUAAGGACAAGGUUCCUCACCCUGAGCACUAGGUUCCUAACGCUGAGGACAAAGUUCCUCGCGCUGAGGACAAGGUUCGUCACGCUGAAGACAAGGUUCCUGACGCUGAAGACAAGAUACCUCACACUGAGGACAAGGUUUCUCACUCUGAGGACAAGGUUCCUCAAGCUGAGGGCAAGGUACUUCACACUGAACAGAAGGUACCUCACACUGAGGACAACGUUCCUGACGCUGAGGACAAGGUUCCUCACGCUGAGGACAAGGUUCCUCACGCUGAGGACAAGGUACCUCACACUGAGGACAAUGUUCCUCAAGCUAAGGACAAGGUACCUCACAUUGAGGACAAGGUACCUCACAUUGAGGACAAGGUACCUCACACUGGGGACAACGUUCCUCACGCUGAGGACGAGGUUCCUCACGCUGACGACAAGGUUCCUCGCGCUGAGCCAAGGUUCCUCACGCUGAGCACUAGGUUCCUAACACUGAGUACAAGGUUCCUCUCGGCGAAGACAAGGUUCGUCACGCUGAGGUCAAGGUUCCUCUAGCUGAGGACAAGGUUCCUCACCCUGAGGACAAGGUUCCUCACGCUGAGAACAAGUUCCCUCACGGUAAGGACAAGGUUCCUCACCCUGAGCACUAGGUUCCUAACGCUGAGGACAAAGUUCCUCGCGCUGAGGACAAGGUUCGUCACGCUGAAGACAAGGUUCCUCACGCUGAAGACAAGAUACCUCACACUGAGGACAAGGUUUCUCACUCUGAGGACAAGGUUCCUCAAGCUGAGGGCAAGGUUCUUCACACUGAACAGAAGGUACCUCACACUGAGGACAACGUUCCUGACGCUGAGGACAAGGUUCUUCACGCUGAGGACAAGUUUCCUCACGGUGAGGACAAGGUUCCUCAAGGUGAGGACAAGGUUGCUCACGCUGAGGACAAGGUUCCUCACGCUGAGGACAAGGUUCCUCACGCUGAAGACAAGAUUCCUCACGCUGAGGACAAGCUAUUUCACGCUGAGGAAAAGGUACCUCACCUUCAGGACAAGGUUCCUCACGCUGACGACAAGGUACCUGACGCUCAGGACAAGGUUCCUCACGCUCAGGACAAGGUACCUCACACUGGGGACAAGGUUUUUCACGCUGAGGACAAGGUUCCUCACGCUGACGACAAGGUUCCUCACGCUGAGGACAAGGUUCCACACUGUGAGGACAACGUUCCUCAUGCUGAGGACAAGGUACCUCACACUGAGGACAAGGUACCUCACACUGAGGUCAAGGUUCCUGACGCUGAGGACAAGGAUCCUCACGCUGAGGACAAGGUUCCUCUUGCUGAGGACAAGGUACCUCACACUGAGGACAAGAUACCUCACACUGAGGACAAGGUACCUCACACUGAGCAUAAGGUCCCUCAAGCUGAAGACAAGGUACCUCACAUUGAGGACAAGGUACCCCACGCUGAGGACAAGGUUCCUCACGCUGAGGACAAGGAUCCUCACCCUGAGGACAAGGUUCCACACGCUGAGGGCAAGGUUCCUCCCGCUGGGGACAAGGUUCCUCACGCUGAGGACAAGGUACCUCACACUGAGGACAAGGUAUUUCACGCCAUAGUUUAUGUAAGGGGGAGCAUGGUUAGGAAACGCGGCAAACUUCAAAGACGGAUGUUUAUUUCGCGCUUUUUAAGUCACAUGACCAAAGUCCGUGCACACAAAUAGGUAAUAUAAUAUACGCUUGUACAGAAUUGGACUAGUCAUGGUGACAUAAAUCGGUAUAAAGUUUCAUCUGGGAAAUGCCAGGCGAUAAUUGCGCUGUGAUGGUUGUGGGACGUGUCGAAGAACUAGAGGUAUCGGUAUUUUUAAACUCGCAUCGCCUAAGAACGAGGAAUAUAGGGAAUGGAGAUCACAGUGGUUAAACGAACUCACUAAAACAAGAGUAAUUGACAAGAAUUUUCGAGCGCAGAUUGACAACGACAAGGUAUUUACUUGUGAAAAACAUUUUAAAGAAGAAGACAUCGAAACGUGUAAGUGCCAUGUUAUAAAUAAUUCUGGUAUACGAGCUCUUGUAGUCCCGAAUAUUAUAAAAACAAUGGCACUUAAACUAAAGACAAUCUACAUAUUGACCGUCGAGUCACGCACUACAAAGUAUCAAAUAUUUGAUUUAUUAAAUGUUGCAAUGGCAUAUUUAUUAAAUGUAGUCACUAGUGAGCAAACUUUUUAAAUAAUAUAUAGUUCUUUAUAGUUUUUGAGACGGUAUGAGCGAAUCAAGUUCUAUCUAAAAUGGCCUAAAAUGUGACUUGAUCAAAAGUGUAUAAACUAUAAAGUAUAAAAUGUGUCGUGCUGAUGCAUCAUUUUACAAAGUAAUACACACGUUAUUAUAUUAUUUUGAUUUCUACUCAGUAAUACACACGUCUUGAUGUGAUUCGUAUUUUAUAAUAAUAAUUUAAUAAUAAGACAAUCACAAACAAUCGUAACACUAACAGACUAUACAUAUCUAUAAUUACAGUAAUACAUAACAUACAUUAAUUCCCUUUGAACUAUUUUAAACUAUUUAAUUAAGGUACUAUAAAACAAUGUUAAAACAUCGAAGCAGAAUUUCUUUACAAUUUCUUUGUCCUGCAUGAAUUGAGGUAAAUAUUGCUUGAUUGUGCAUUAAUAUUAAAAUGUUGCUUGAUUGUGCAUUAAACGUUUCGAGUGAGUUAUUAAUAUAGUGAGUAUUUGUAACGCAAUUAAAAUUCAUUUAAUUUUACACAACAGGUAUUUAUAAUUUUAAUUCAUAACACAGACAAGGUAGUGGUGUAGCAUGAGGGAGGCAGAAUUCCUUGCCCCAAAUGGUCUCAAAACUGUUCUCAUAAAAAGUCAAUAUCUGGGGAGAAAUUGUGUGUGGGAUAUAUAUUCUGAUAUACUCCAAAUAAUUAUAAUAAAACUCAUCUCAGAAGAAUGCAGGAAAUUACGUUUCAGAGACCCUAGAAAUCAAAAUUUUCCUGGGGCAGCAUGCCCCCAGACUGCUUGCGCCUUUGGCAUGUUGAAAAUAUUAUUUUGUAUGAUUUUGCCUCCCCCAAAUUUCAGACCCUGGAUACGCCACUGAAAGAAGGUCCAAAAUUAUACAACUAUUAUUUAUAUAUUUUUUGCAAGCCAUAUAUCAACUUUGUUAAUAGUGAGCUGGAUAUUCUGUAAAGCCUUUAUUGUUACAGUAUAAAAGAUCAUGUAAUAUAAUUGAAUUGGCAUUUCAAUUUUUCUAUGUAGCAGAGUAUAGUCAGGGUGUUAGCCAGAAGUAAAAAAAAAUCCCUGUUAAGCUGAAAUUGGGAAAUUUAUUUUAGCCUGAAGCCGGGCAUUUCUUUGUGGGGGGGGGGGUCUGGGGGCAUACGGUUUGCCCCCUCUGGAUUUAAAAAUUUUUCGUGUCUUUGAAAUGGCAUGUCCCGCAUUUUGGGAGUAAUUUUGAGCAAACGUAGUUAAUAUAAACAUGUUUUUAAUGGCAUAUUAAUGAAGUUUAAUAUGUUGAAAUAACUGGCAUCCAAACCUCAGUUUGAAAAUAACCCAAGAAAAACAGAAAACACACAGCAGACAGGUUUUUCUGGCAUAUAUUAUGGGCAAGGAAGUGCUCGAACGGUCUAGAGGCUCUCGUUAACCUACGUUUUACCUAGACGAACAGGCAGACCUCUAGAUUGCAGAGGGAGUGACGCGGCUCUGUGCAUGUUGUUCAGCGACAUAUGAGUCCUGAUGGUCUGGGGACCACCAUUGGUAUACUGAGACAGUAUGGGUACUCAAGACCUGACAGAGCAUGCAAAAACUGUAGGUUUUUCUAGAGGAACAUGUGAACCUCUAGAUAACAGGUGAACAGGCGAACCCCCGUUCAGGUCAGUCAGCUCGUUGAUGUUGAGUACUAGUUGAACUUGUGAACAACUGAUGGUAGCUCAACUGAAAUGACUUACCCAUCGAGUCUCUAGGUCAGGUCAUUAGGUCGCACUGCGACCUGAAUGACCUGUAAAAAUACACUUCACGUGGCGAAGUGUUGUCCAAAAGGACAGCACUUCCGUGCCAUUAAUGACGAUCUGUACAUAGUACAGAUUGUUAUUUCAGCCACGGGAAGCCGAGCCGAAUUAAGCAUUAUGCAUAUUUAUUAAUAUGCGCAGAAGCAGAGGAGCGUUCGCCAGGCAAGAGAUUAAUUAAUGGAAAAUAACUUUAAUUAAUCUUAUUAAAUAGCUCGUGAUGUGAUGCAGUUUUUCGAGUUAUCCUAAGUAAAUACUGCUAGCCAUAAUGUGUACGCUUGGGUAAAUUAACGAAAGAUAAAAUGAAGUCCCGUGUACAAGCCACUGUAUGUACAGUUAGUGUAACAAAAUAAACAUCUGCACAAAGAAAACAUUUAAUUAACGUGCUGCAGCUGCUACAGUAUAACCUCUUUAGUUGGGAUUUCUUCGAGGUCUAUUUAAGUAUAUCAUGAACAUCUCAUUUAACUAGGACAAACCGUACGUCCUUAUAACUAGGAUAAACCGUCCUUAUAACUAGGAUAAACCGUCCUGAUAACUAGGUUAAACCGUCCUUAUAACUAGGAUAAACCGUCCUUUAUAUAACAAGGAUAAAAAAAAAACAACCCACAUCGUACUGGGUGUAAUUUUUUGUAGUUGAAUACAAUGUUCGUACGACUGGCAUAAAUUGAUACAAAGUAGGCUAUCAAUAGCAGCUAGAAAUGUGUUAAGACUUGUGCACAGGAAGAUAGCCUCAUGGGACCGGGGCUAAUAUAUAUACCAGAGGGUGUAUACAAUUUAAGUACGAGUAGAAAGUAGCAGUACAAGAUGGCUGUAAUACAGCUGUUAUGACAUACAAGGAAAACCCGUCAUGCUACUGAGUGAAACUGUUUUGUUUGAGUCAAUGCGCCAAAAUAGUUCCCGCCUGAGCGAAUAGUGGAUGCGACACGAGUUCGAAUACAAGCAAGGGGAAUGAAUGGAGAGUUGUGUAAUGUAUCAAACCACAUCUAUUGAUCUACAUAUGCAGUUAAAUUACGUGUUGUUUGUAUGGUAUUAUUCGACGUAGCAAGAUCAUGCAACUAGAGAUAAUAUAAGAUAGCACGUAACCUGGGGUAAGCGCGAAUGCAUAGCCUACGAAUACUGUACAAUACAAAAUGCGACUCAUGCAUGACACAGGACCAGAUCGAGUAACAUAUGGUUACAUAGUACUAGUGUAGCCUAACAGCAGUAAAUUCAAGAACUUAUAUUAGGGAUGUAAAUAAACAAUAUGGAACGAACUCACUCCAUUUGAGGUCCCAGAAUGUGGAUUACAAGCUGCGGCAAUAUUCUGGUUCUGGAACACCGCAUGCACGGCCGGCUUGGGAUCUUGUGCAUCUCAGGAUAACUGUGAGUCUUUACCGUCCUUGUUCUUCUGAUCUUGCUCAUUACUGUUGCCAUUUGUUCGAAGAUUGGUGGUCGAAUUCGAAUCGGAGAGCAAAACGGUUCUCUUUACUUUGUCUUUUUUUUUGUAUACCAGGUUUUGGUAGCUUAAGCUCUGGUUAGAAUAUUGCGAAUGAGGCGUGAAGCAUAUAGCCUGUAACUAAAUGUCUUUCACUAAGAAUGGGGCCACUGUAUUGUUGCGACGGAUAUAUGUAAGAAGAGUUGAUUGAUUAAACCCAAGUGCAUGACGUGUUCACGUGCUGUUGCCAAGGUUCAAUCUCUUUUGGCAGCAUGAUUAGAAAGUAAUGCCUUGUUUUCUAAGUGCAGUAGUUUUGAUGACAGAUUGGCAUUUCCAUAAGGCAAAUAGAGUCUUCUUUGACAUAUUACUUCAUUAACCACAAUUUAUUGCGUUGCAUAAAUUGCAUAUUUAUGACAUAUAAGGAAAACCGUCAUGCUACUGAGUGCAACUGUUUAGUUUUGGUCAAUGCGCCAAAAUAGUUCCCGCCUGAGCGAAUAGUGGAUGCGACGCGAGUGCGAAUACAAGCAAGGGGAAUGAAUGGAGAGUUGUAUCCAACCACAUCUAUUGAUCUACAUAUGCAGUUAAAUUACGUGUUGUUUGUAAUGGUAUUACUCGACGUAGCAAGAGCAUGCAACGGGAGAUAAUAGGAUAGCACGUAACCUGGGGUAAGCGCGCAUGCAUAGCCUACGAAUACAAUACAAAAUGUGACCCAUGCAUGACAGCAGGACCAGAGUAACAUAUGGUUAUAUAGUACUAGUGUAACAGCAGUAAAUUCAAGAACGUUAUAUUAGGGUAGUAAAUAAACAAUAUGGAACGAACUCACUCCGUUUGAGGUCCCAGAACGUGGAUUACAAGCGGCAGCAAUAUUCUGGUUCUGGAACACUGCAUGCAUGGCCAGCAUGGGAUCUUGUGCAUCUCAGGAUAACUGUGCCGUCCUUGUUCUUCUGAUCUUGCGCACUACUUUUGCCAUUUGUUCUAAGAUUGGUGGUCGAAUCGGAGAGCAAAACGGUUCUCUUUACUUUUCCUUUUUUUUUGUAUACCAGGUUUUGGUAGCUUACGCUCUGGUUAAAAUAUUGCGAAUGAGGCGUGAAGCAUAUAGCCUGUAACUAAAUGUCUUUCACUCAGAAUGGGGCCAUUGUAUUGUUGCGACGGACAUAUUUAAGAAGAAUUGAUUGAUUAAACCCAAGUGCAUCACUUGUUCACGUGCUGUUGCCAAGGUUCAAUCUCUUUUGGUAGCAUGAUUAUAAAGUAAUGCCUUGUUUUCCAAGUGCAGUAGUUUUGAUGACAGAUUGGCAUUUCCAUAAGGCAAAUAGAGUCUUCUUUGACAUAUUAGUUCAUUAACCACAAUUUAUUGCGUUGCAUAAAUUGUAUGUUUAACAACAAUGAAUUUCUAUAAAUAUUUUUUGGCUGACCCAAAUUGGGAAAUUGCGACCUCAAGGUAAUUGGGAAAACCGUGUUUAACACGGAAUUUUUGACUGUAGCUAACACCCUGAUAGUUUAAACAGUACAGAAAUGCAAAUGUUUGUUUAUUAGUGAAACUAAAAUAGACUUGUUCUUUUGGUAGUUGUGACUGAGAAAAUGACAAAAAAGAAGCCAGUUUUUGGAGCUUUACCACUGCUUAAUAUGCCAAGUCGACUCCAUGAUCAAGAGAACAUCCCCCCCCCCCAGACGCCCUUUGCAUCGAGUACAAGCUCCGGUUAGCUGUCAGAAGUUUCACUCACUUACAGAGGUUCAAAAGCAAGUUUUGAAAUUAAAAGAAUUAAAAAGAAACUGGAAUGUUGUAACAUUGGAUGAUAGAAUAACAAUGCAAAAGAUGAAAUUGCCAUAUCUUUUGCCUGAGUAUGAAAUUGUGAUCGAUGACAGUCUUGGAUUCACCCUGACUGUGUUUCAUUGGCUUUUACCAGAAAAUCAUGAACUAUACAAAAAAACAUCAUAGGUCAGUAAAACAAGUCAGCAUUCAGCAGUUGAUUGAAGAGAUAAUGGGUUAUACCUUAUGUAAUGGAAUAACCAAUGGAAUGCAAGAAUAAUAUAGAGCACCAUGUCAUUCCGAAAUCACAUGAUCCAUUAUGGGAUGAGGAUAAUGAAGUAAAAGCUAGCAAGUCCUACCGAGUCCUGUCAGCCAUGCACAGUUGUUUCUUCUGCUCAAGUAAAUACACAGAAGAAUAUCAGGAAUAGAGUGGUGACAGCAGCUAAACUGAAAGCUCCCAUUUCCAAGACAGCGCCUGAAAGAAUAAAGCUAGCCCUGCUAAACUGGAAAAAAUUGGAAGAAAUGAAGAUAGAAAUAGAAAACGCAAGCAUAGCAGUUGACGAUGAAAUGAGCAAAGAUGUUGUAAGCAUGUUGUCAAAGAUUAGCAACAAGGAAAUGACACCAUUCAUGCAAUUAUUUUGGCAACAACAGAAAAAAUGCUGCAAGGAAGUACCAAUAAAGGAAUUCGCUACCAUCCAAUGAUAAUUCGCUUUUGUCUGUCUCUGGCCAGCCAAUCUUCAUCUUGCUAUGAAGAGCUUAUAAACAGUGGAGUUCUUGUUCUACCAAGUCAAAGAACACUUAGAGAAUAUAGAAAUGCUAUCAAACCAAAGGUUGGAUUUAAUGCUGAAGUAAUCAAAGAUUUAAUUGCUUUAACCACAACCUACUUCAACACUCAAAGGUAUGUUGUGUUACUUUUGAUGAGAUGACUGUUAAAUCCAAUCUUGUCUUCAGCAAGGAAUCUGGUGAACUAAUCGGUUUUACAGACCUUGGUGAUCCUGAAGUCAAUUACAACACCUUGGAAAAGUGUGAUGAUCUUGCUACGCAUGCUUUAGUGUUUCUUCUCAGAGGUGUUUGCACCAAUCUUAAGUUUGCAUUGGCCCAUUUUGCAACAACUGAUAUAAGAUGUGAACAGAUUCUUCCUGUGUUUUGGGAAGCUGUUUACAUCUUAGAAGUUACUUGCAACUUGUGGGUCAUUGCUGCAACUUCAGAUGGUGCUUCACCAAAUCGCGCAUUCUAUCGCAUGCACAAAGGUCUUCAAGGUGAUUCUGGCAAAGAUGUUUGCUACAGAACUAUCAAUCUAUAUGCAAAAUAUAGAUACAUUUUUUUUUGUGAUGCUCCACAUCUUGUUAAGACAGCAAGGAACUGCCUAUCUCAUUCCCGCAGUGGAGGUUCUCGAUACAUGUGGAACGAUGGUAUGUACAUCAUCUGGGAGCAUAUUUGCCAGCUCUACUAUCAGGAUAUUGACAAUGGUCUGAAAUUAUUGCCACGCCUCACUAACGAUCACGUUCACUUGUCAUCUUAUGGUGUAAUGAGAGUAAAAUUAGCUACCCAAGUAUUAAGUGCUUCUGUUGCAGCAGUACUCAAAGAGUUUGGGCCUCCAGAAGCAGCAGGGACUGCUAAAUUUGCACUAAUGAUGGACAAGUUUUUUGACUGCCUUAAUGUAAGAAGUGACAGUGAGCACAAAAUUAAACGAAAGCCUUACCUUGCUCCUUACACGUCACUGGUUGAUGAAAGAUUUUCGUGGUUAGAAAAUGAGUUUCUUUCAUACUUUAAAGCAUGGAAGAAAAGUACAACUGAUCGUGUUGGCAAUUUCACUCCAAAUGCAAGGAGCAAGAUGUUUAUCUCUUGGCAGACCCAUGAAGGUUUACAAAUCACCACUUUGGCUUCAAUUCAGGUAACCAAAUUCUUGCUAACUGAACGCCUUGAUUUUGUGCUAACUGAACGAUUCUGCCAGGAUCCUGUGGAGGAAUACUUUGGAAAUCGGCGAAAAUUGGGCCGUCGAUCCGACAACCCAGAUAUGUUUAGCUUUGGAUACAACACAAACACACUACGAAUCCAAAAAGAGCUUCCCUGACCAGUGGCAACAUGAGAGGGCGAAAGGACAAAAGAAAGUCUUGGGAAAACGUUUCAAAAGAUGUUGUGCCCAAACGAAAGGUACUGCGUACUAAAAAUACUAAAUAAAAACACAGACUUGUUGAAGGCUGGUUACAUUGUACAACGUAUCAUGUUCAUAUUUAAUUUUGAUGUGUAUUAUAUUUAAUACAAUGUUAUGCAAUAUGAAGGGUGAAAUAUAAAAAUAUAUUUGUUGCUUAAUCUCAUUAAUUAUACUCUUGUACUGUAUAAUGUAAUGCAGGCAUUUUGUCUUCGGCACGCAUAAAUAUAUCUUUUUGUGAAUUUAUGAGAAAAAUAAUAUAUUUUGCCACAAUUAAAAUUCGGCGAUUCAAACAGAUGUAUGUGCAUUAUUCCUCGAUUUUGCACAGAAUGGAUCACCACAGGAUCCUUGUCCUCACAGCCAGGAACCUUGUCCUUACAGUCAAGAACCUUGUCCUCACCGCCAGGAACCUUGUCCUCACCGCCAGGAACCUUCUGCUCACCGCCAGGAACCUUCUCCUCACCGCCAGGAACCUUGUCCUAACCGCCAGGAACCUUCUCCUCACCGCCAGGAACCUUGUCCUAACCGCCAGGAACCUUGUCCUCACCACCACGAACCUUGUCCUAACCGCCAGGAACCUUGUCCUCACCACCAGGAACCUUGUCCUCACCGCCAGGAAACUUGUCGUCACCGCCAGGAACCUUGUCCUCACCGCCAGCAGCCUUGUCCUCACCGCCAGGAACCUUGUCCUAACCGCCUGGAACCUUGUCCUCACCGCCAGGAAACUUGUCCUCACAGCAAGGUCCUUGUCCUCACCGCCAGGAACCUUAUCCUCACCGCCAGGAACCUUGUUCUCACCGCCGGCAACCUUGUCCUCACCACCAGUAACCUUGUCCUCACCGCCAGGAACCUUGUCCUCACCCCCAGGAACCUUGUCCUCACAGCAGGAUCCUUGUCCUCACCGCCAAGAACCUUGUCCUCACCACCAGGAACCUUGUCCUCACCGCCAGCAACCUUGUCCUCACCGCCAGGAACCUUGUCCUCACCGCCAGGAACCUUGUACUCAUGGUGAGGGACGUUGUCCUCAGCUUGAGGUACCUUGUCCUCAGUGUGACUUAAUUUUCCUCAGCUUGAGGAACCUUGUCCUCAUCGUGAGGAAACUUGUCCUCAGCGUGAGGAACCUUGUCCUCAGUGUGAGGUACCAUGUCCUCAGCAUGAGGAACCUUGUCCUCAGCAUGAAGAACCUUGUCCUCAGCGUGAGUAAUCUUGUCCUCAGUGUGAGGUACCUUGUCCUCAGUGUGUGCUACCUUGUCCUCAGUGUGAGGUACCUUGUCCUCAGUGUGAGGUACCUUGUUCCCAGUGUGAUGUACCUUGUCCUCAGCAUAAGGAACCUUGUCCGCAGCGUGAGGAACCUUGUCCUCAGCGUGACGAACCUUCUCCUCAGCGUGAGGAAACUUGUGCUUAGCUUGAGGAACCUUGGCCUCAGCGUGAGGAACCUUGUCCUCAGUGUGAGGAACCUUGUCCUCAGCGUGAGGAACCUUGUCCUCACCGUGAGGAACCUUAUCCUCACAGUGUGAGGAACUUUGUCCUCGGUGUGAGGUAGCAUGUCCUCAGCAUGAGGAACCUUGUCCUCAGUGUGAGGUACCUUGUCCACAGUGCCAGGUUCCUUGUCCACGGCGUGAUGAACCUUGUCCUCAGCGUGUGGGACCUUGUCUUCAGCGUGGGGAAGCUUGUCUUCAGCGUGAGGAGCCUUGUCCUCAGCGUGAGGAUCCUUGUCCUCAUCGUGAGGAACCUUGUCCUCAGUGUGAGGUACCUUGUCCUCAGUGUGAGGUACCUUGUCCUCAGUGUGAGGUACCUUGUCCUCAGUGUGACGUACCUUGUCCACAGCGUGAGGUACCUUGUCCACAGCGUGAGGUACCUUGUCCGCAGCGUGAGGAACCUUGUCCUCAGAGUGAGGAACCUUCUCCUCAGCGUGACGAACCUUGUCCUCAGCUUGAGGGACCUUGUUCUCAGCGUGAGAAACCUUGUCAUCAUCGUGAGGACCCUUGUCCACAGCGUGAAGAACCUUGUCCUCAGCGUGAGGAACCUUGUCCUCAGCGUGAGCAAUCUUGUCCUCAGUGUGAGGAACCUUGUCCUCAGCAUAAGGGACCGUGUCCUCACCAUGAGGAACCUUGUCCUCAGGGUGAGGGAACUUGUCCUCAGUGUGAGGUACCUUGUCCACAGCGUGAGGUACCUUGUCCGCAGCGUGAGGAACCUUGUCCUCAGCGUGAGGACCAUUGUCCUCAGCGUGAGCAACCUUGUCCUCAGUGUGAAGUACCUUGUCCUCAGUGUGAGGUACCUUGUCCUCAGUGUGAGGUACCUUGUCCUCAGUGUGACGUACCUUGUCCACAGCGUGAGGUACCUUGUCCACAGCGUGAGGUACCUUGUCCGCAGCGUGAGGAACCUUGUCCUCAGAGUGAGGACCUUCUCCUCAGCGUGACGAAUCUUGUCCUCAGCUUGACGGACCUUGUUCUCAGCGUGAGAAACCUUGUCCUCAUCGUGAGGACCCUUGUCCACAGCGUGAAGAACCUUGUCCUCAGCGUGAGGAACCUUGUCCUCAGCGUGAGGAAUCUUGUCCUCAGUGUGAGGAACCUUGUCUUCAGCAUAAGGGACCGUGUCCUCACCAUGAGGAACCUUGUCCUCAGGGUGAGGGAACUUGUCCUCAGUGUGAGGUACCUUGUCCACAGCGUGAGGUACCUUGUCCGCAGCGUGAGGAACCUUGUCCUCAGCGUGAGGACCAUUGUCCUCAGCGUGAGCAACCUUGUCCUCAGUGUGAAGUACCUUGUCCUCAGUGUGAGGUACCUUGUCCUCAGUGUGAGGUACCUUGUCCUCAGUGUGACGUACCUUGUCCACAGCGUGAGGUACCUUGUCCACAGCGUGAGGAACCUUGUUCACAGCGUGAAGAACCUUGUCCUCAGCGUGAGGAACCUUGUCCUCAGCGUGAGGAACCUUGUUCACAGCGUGAAGAACCUUGUCCUCAGCGUAAGGAACCUUGUCCUCAGCGUGAGGAAGCUUGUGCUCAGCGUGAGGAACCUUGUCCACAGCGUGAGGAACCUUGUCCUCAGCGUGAGGAACCUUGUCCUAGCGUGAGGAACCUUGUCCUCAGCGUGAGGAACCUUGUCUCCUGCGUGAGGAACCUUGUCCUCAGAGUGAGGAACCCUGUGCUCAGCGUGAGGAACUUUGUCCUCAGUGUGAGGAACCUUGUCCUCAGUGUGAGGUACCUUGUCCUCAGCGUUAGCUACCUUGUCCUCAGUGUGAGGUACCUUGUCCUCAGCAUAAGGAACCUUGUCCGCAGCGUGAGGAACCUUGUCCUCAGCGUGACGAACCUUCUCCUCAGCUUGAGGAACCUUGUGCUCAGCUUGAGGAACCUUGGCCUCACCGUGAGGAACCUUGUCCUCAGUGUGAGGUACCUUGUCCUCAAUGUGAGAUAUCUUGUCCUCAGCCUGAGGUACCUUGUCCUCAGCGUGAGGAACCUUGUUCUCACCGUGAGGAACCUUGCCUUCAGCGUGAGGAACCUUGUCCUCAGAGUGAGGUAGCAUCUCCUCAGCAUGAGGAACCUUGUCCUCAGUGUGAGGUACCUUGUCCACAGUGCGAGGUUCCUUGUCCUCAGCGUGAGGUACCUUGUACUCAUCGUGAGGAACCUUGUCGUCAGCGUGAGGAACCUUGUCUCCAGCGUGAGGAACCUUGUCCUCAGCGUGAGGAACCUUGUCCUCAGAGUGAGGAACCCUGUCCUCAGUGUGAGGAACCUUGUCCUCAGUGUGAGGUACCUUGUCCUCUGUGUGAGGUGCCUUGUCCUCAGCUUGAGGAACCUUGUCCUAGCGUGAGGAACCUUGUGCUCAGCGUGAGGAACCUUGUCUCCUGCGUGAGGAACCUUGUCCUCAGCGUGAGGAACCUUGUCCUCAGAGUGAGGAACCCUGUGCUCAGCGUGAGGAACCUUGUCCUCAGCGUGAAGAACCUUGUCCUCAGCGUGAGGAACCUUGUCCUCAGCGUGAGGAACCUUGUCCCCAGUGUGAGGUACCUUGUCCUCAAUGUGAGGUACCUUGUCCUCAAUGUAAAGAACCUUGUCCUCAGAGUGAGGACCCUGUCCUCAGCGUGAGGAACCUUGUCCUCAGUGUGAGGAUCCUUGUCCUCAGUGUGAGGUAGCUUGUCCUUUGUGUGAGGUACCUUUUCCUCAGCGUGAGGAACCUUGUCCUCAGUGUGACGUACAUUUUCCUCAGCGUGAGGAACCCUGUCCUCAAUAUGAGGAACCUCGUCCUCAGUGUGAGGAACCUUGUCCUCAGCGUGAGGAACCUUGUCCUCAGGGUGAGGAACGUUGUCCUCAGUGUGAGGUACCUUGUCCUCAAUGUGAGGUACCUUGUCCUCAAUGUGAGGAACCUUGUCCUCAGGGUGAGGAACCUUGUCCUCAGCAUAAGGAACCGUGUCCUCACCAUGAGGAACCAAGGUUCCUCACACAGAGGACAAGGUACCUCACACUGAGGACAAGGUUCCUCACCCUUAGGACAAGUCCUCAGCGUGAGGAACCUUGUCCUCAGUGUGACGUACCUUGUCCUCAGCGUGAGGAACCCUGUCCUCAAUAUGAGGAACCUUGUCCUCAGUGUGAGGAACCUUGUCGUCAGCGUGAGGCACCUUGUCCUCAGUGUGAAGUGCCUUGUCCUCAGUGUGAGGUACCUUGUCCUCAGCGUGAGGAACCUUGUCCUCAGCGUGAGGAACGUUGUCCUCUGUGUGAGGUACCUUGUCCUCAGUGUGAGGUACGUUGUCCUCUGCGUGAGGUACGUUGUCCUCAGCUUGAGGAACCUUGUCCUCAGUGUGAGGUACCUUCUCCGCAGGGUGAGGAACCUUGUCCUCAGAAUGACGAACCUUAUCCUCAGCUUGAGGAACCUUGUCCUCAGCGUGAGGAACCUUGUCCUCAGCGUGAGGAACCUUGUCCUCAGUGUGAGGUACCUUGUCGUCAAUGUGAGAUACUUUGUUCUCAGUUUGAGGAACCUUGUCGUCAGUGUGAGGUAACUUGUCCUCAGCGUGAGUAACCUUGUCCUCAUUGUGAGGAACCUUGUCCUCAGCGUGAGGAACCUUGUCCUCAGUGUGAGGUACCAUGUCCUCAGCAUGAGGAGCCUUGUCCUCAGUGUGAGGUACCUUAUCCUCACCGUGAGGAACCUUGUCCUCAGCUUGAGGGACUUUGUCCACAGCGUGAGGUACCUUGUCCUCAGUGUGACGUACGUUGUCCUCAGCUUGAAGAACCUUGUCCUCAGCGUAUGGAACCUUUUCCUUAGUGUGAGGAACUUUGUCCUCAGGGUGAGGUUCCUUUUCCUCAGUAUGAGGUACCUUGUACUCAGCGUGAGGAACCUUGUUCUCAGCUUGAGGGACAUUGUCCAUAGUGUGAGGUGCCUUGUCCACAGUGUGACUUCCCUUGUCCUCAGCAUGAGGAACCUUGUCCUCAGUAUGAGGUACCUUGUCCUCAAUGUGAGGUACCUUGUCCUCAGCUUAGGAACUUUGUCCUCAGUGUGAGGUACCUUGUCCUCAGCGUGAGGAACCUUGUCCUCAGCGUGAGGAACCUUGUGCUCAGCGUGAGGAACCUUGUACUUAGUGUGAGGUACCAUGUUCUCAGCAUGAGGAACCUUGUCCUCAGUGUGAGGUACCUUGAUCUCAGUGUGAGGUUCCUCGUCCUCAGUGUGAGGUACCUUGUCCUCAUCGUGAGGAACCUUGUCCUCAGCUUGAGCGACAUUGUCCACAGUGUGAGGUACCUUGACCUCAGCCUGAGGUUCCUUGUCCUCAGUGUGAGGUACCUUGUCCUCAUCGUGAGGAACCAUGUCCUCAGCUUGAAGAACCUUGUCCUCAUCGUGAGGAACUUUGUCUCCAGCGUGAGGUACCUUGUCCGCAGCUGGAGGAACCUUGUCCUCAGCGUUAGGAACCUUGUCCUCAGCGUGAGGACCCUUGUCCUCAGCGUGAGGAACCUUGUCCUCAGCGUGAGGAACCUUGUCCUCAGCGUGAGGAAACUUGUCCUCAGUGUGAGGUAGCUUUUACUCAAUGUGAGGUACCUUGUCCUCAGCUUGAGGAACCUUCUCCACAGCGUGAAGAACCUUGUCCUCAGCGUGAGGAACCUUGUCCUCAGCGUGAGGAACCUUGUACUCAGCGUGUGGAACCUUGUCCACAGCGUGAAGAACCUGUGCCUCAGUGUGAGGAAUCUUGUGCUCCGCGUGAGGAACCUUGUCCUCCGCGUGAGGAACCUUGUCCACAGCGUGAGGAACCUUGUCCUCAGCGUGAGGAACCUUGUCCUCAGCGUGAGGAACUUUGUCCUCAGCGUGAGGAACUUUGUCUCCAGCGUGAGGAACCUUGUCCUCAGCGUGAGGAACCUUGUCCUCAGCGUGAGGAAGUUUGUCUCCAGCGUGCGGAACCUUGUCCUCAGCGUGAGGAACCUUGUCCUCAGCGUGAGGAACCCUGUCUUCAGCGCGAGGAACCUUGUUCUCAGUGUGAGGAACCUUGUCGUCAGCGGGAGGAACCUUGUUCUCAGGGUGAGGAUCCUUGUCCUCAGCAUAAGGAACCGUGUCCUCACCAUGAGGAACCAAGGUUGCUCCCACAAAGGACAAGGUACCUCACACUGAGGACAAGGUUCCUCACCAUGAGGACAAGUCCUCAGCGUGAGGAAUCUCGUCCUCAGCGUGAGGAACCUCGUCCUCAGUGUGAGGUACCUUGUCCUCAGCGUGAGGAACCUUGUCCUCAGCGUGAGGAACCUUGUCCUCAGCGUGAGAAACCUUGUCCUCACCGUGAGGAACCUUGUCCUCAGCGUAAGGAACCUUAUCUUCAGGGUGAGAAACCUUGUCCUCAGUGUGAGGUACCUUGUCUACAGCGUGCGAUACCUUGCGCGCAGCGUGAGGAACCUUGUCCUCAGCGUGAGGAACCUUGUCCUCAGCGUGAGGAACCUUGUCCUCACCACGAGGAACCUUGUCCUCAGGGUGAGGAACCUUGUCGUCAGUGUGACGUACCUUGUCCGCAGCGUGAAGAACCUUGUCCUCAGCGUGAGGAAACUUGUCCUCAGCGUGAGGAACCUUGUCCUCAGCUUCAGGGGCCUUGUCCUCAGCGUGAGGAACUUGUCCACAGCGUGAAGAACCUUGUCCUCAGCGUGAUGAACCUUGUCCUCAGCGUGAGGAACCUUGUCCUCAGCGUGAGGAACCUUGUCCUCAGCGUGAGGAACCUUGUCCUCAGGGUGAAAAACCUAGUCCUCAGUGUGAGGUACCUUGUCCUCUGUGUGAGGUACAUUGUUUGAGGGACCUUGUCCUCACCGUGAGGAACCUUCUCUUCAGCGUGAGGAACCUUGUCCACAGCGUCAGGAACCUUAUCCUCACCGCCAGGAACCUUGUCCUCAGGGUGAGGGACGUUGUCCUCAGUGUGAGCUACCUUGUCCUCAAUGUGAGUACUUUGUUCUCAGUUUGAGGAACCUUGUCCUCAGGGUGAGGUAACUUGCCCUCAGC